AUGUCUCUCGAUAACCCCAAGCGCUACCGCAACACCGGUCCACCCCAUCCUAUUGACGUAGACACAUACAAAGAAGUCUCCGUCAUCUCACCACUAAGAUCGCAUCCACCGCCAACAGUCGAGUCCAGCGCCAGUGACUGCACUUUGCAAGUAAACCAUGAAGACGUCACGCUAGAAUUGAGCGAUCGCUCUCUAAACCUCGAGCUGAACGGCAUGCCAGAUGAAAAAUACGACAAGGCAGACAUUGAGAAAGAAGCCGUGGACCUGACGGAGCAGAACCAGUCUGGUCGACAGCGCGCAGGAACCGGCAAUGGCAAUGGAACUGGAAAUCCGAGGCCGUACUCGGAGUCCAUGACAGAUACCGGUACUGUUAUGCGUCAUCGAAAAUCUCAUCGGCGGCAAUGGAUUAUCGCUGGUGCUAUUUUGGGCGUUAUUGUUCUUCUUACUGUGAUUAUUGUUCCUUCUGCGAUUUAUGGGACCCGCGAGGCUCAGGCUAGGAACAAGGCCAAGGCUCAGAUUGAUGCAGCUGGCGUUGGCAUUUGA